ACAGAGGAAACGUAUGAGGCUACACAGCCAUUGACUGAGAUCAUUUCAGCAAACAAUAAAAAGGUAAGCAUAGAAAUGUCUUUCAUAAGUACAACUUGAAUUUUAAAUUGUAGAAACUUCUUCAUAACUACCUCUUUUAUUUUACUGUUAUUACAGGAGGAUACGCAUGCUGUGCAUCACACACCUUCCUCUCCAUUGUCUUCACUAAUUGCACUAGUUAUUGAAGAAAAUAAGAAUGCUUUGAGUGAGACAGAAACUGCGACCCAAUAUUUUUCUACAAGUGAAUGAGAGCAUACACAAUCAAGCAGAAAGAAUCAAGCAGAAGAAUAUCUCAAGGAUACUACAGAACCUACUACUGAGCUAGUUUCCACAGAUGUUUCGAAGACACAGCCUCUUACUCCGCAAACACAGCACCUUCAGACAAGUGAGGGAGAUCAAUCCGAUGAGACACCAUCAGAGCAGAAUCAAGCAGAAGAAAAUCUCAAGGAUACUACAGAACCUACUACUGAGCUAGUUUCCACAUAUGUUUCGAAGAUGCCGCCUAUUACUCAGCAAACAGAGCAUCUUCAGACAAGUGCUAUAGAUUUUUCAGAAACAAACGAGGUUGAAGUAAGCAGGCGUAUAGCUCACUUUCAAAUAGGCGCAGAGGUUGAGAUUUUGUUUACUGAUGACGAAAUAUGGUAUCCAGGAAAGGUUGUUGAUCUUAAACUGUGUGAAGGACUAGAGGAGCUGACAGUUGAGUACACGACACUCUUCACAUACCAACAUAAUAGACUUCAGAAACUUCAGGAUACUAACACGGCUGACAAAAUACGUCCUGCAACACCAACUAGUGACCAAAAAUCCUUUGAGAUGAUGGAUAAGGUAGAAGCCUUUUACAACAAUGGCUGGAGCAGCGGACAAAUUAGCAUGGUACUUGGUGAUAACACAUACUCGGUGUGUCUCUAUACUUCUAUGGAAACUAUUCUAUUCAAACAUUCAGAUUUGCGAAUUCAUAGAGAAUGGAAAGAUGGAGUCUGGAAGAUGGCAGAUAAGGUGAAGCCUGAUAAGAAAAGGAAAGCUGCUGCCUCAUCACAAAAUUCAGGAAUGGAUAAUGUUUUCCUAAGAAGGAGCGAGAGGGUGACUAAACGAUCUAGAGACACAAAAACUCCAUUCAAGUCUGACAGAAAUCCGGCUUUAACUGUAAUACCUGAGAAUAUUAUACCUGCAGUUGAUCCGUUUUCAACUCCUGCGGAACAUAAGCUUUCAAGGCUUCAAAAUUGGAUGACAUUAAAGCCCGGCAUGCAUGAAACGUCCCUAUCAAUCAAUGAUAAUAAGAUAAGGAAAUCUUUCUUUCAAAGCAUGGAAAAUGCAAAAAAGGACCUUAAGAAAGAGCACAUUGAUGGAGCCUUUGCAAUGCUAAAUUGCAGAAGAAAUGAGAAUGCUGCUUGGUUCCACAACUACAAGAUUCCAAAGGCGUGCUUCCUACCUAUGGAGUUCUUGCAUUGCUUGCUCUCUGAUGAUUUGGCUUACAAGAAAGAAAAGGUCAAAGGUAAAAAGAUUUUCAACGAUAUAUUUAAAGAUACUGUGAGAGGGAAGGUAUAUCCAGAGAAGACAUGGGGAGAAGAUGUUGAUGUUGUGUAUGGGAUUACUCUUGGAAAAAAAAGCAAUGUCUGGAUUGGGAUGGAAAUUCAUUUGAAGAAGAAAAGAAUCACAGUAUAUGAUUGUUUUCAAAAGGAAAGCAACAGCAUUGAUAUUCCUCAAGUGAAAAAGUUGGCAGUGUUGAUUACUAAUCUGCUGGUGGAAUCUUCUGGUGAUGAGGUAGAUAAAGUGAAGAUGAUUCCAUUUGAGAUUGAGCAGGCACAAGGUUUACCCAAGACAAAACAUCCUUUCAACUGUGGGAUAUUUCUUGUCAAGAUUCUGGAGUGCCAGUCAUUGAAGAUAGGAGACAUGACAAAGAUUAAUGAUGACAAUGCAUUGGAGCUAAGGAGAACCUUGUCUUGUGAGAUAUUUAACCAAUUUGUGGAUGAGAGCUUUGGGAAAUGAGAAUGAUGCAUGAAAACAUUUUUUGUUUUAGUUAAGACUCGGUUUUAGUUAUGACUGUUUAUUUUGUUAUGUUGUUGGCGUCUGGUUACAUAAGAAAGAUUGGAAGGAUAUCAAGUAUUUUUUUUGGGUAUCAUAUAUCUUGGAAGGUUAAAAUAAUGUUUCUGGAUGGGUUUCCAGAAAAAAAGUUAAGUGUUUCAAAUGUAAAAAAGAAUGAAAUGAGAUUAUAUACUAAGGAUUUGACAUGUAUAUGGUAAGCUUAAAAUUGUGAUGUUUACAGACAACAAAAAUUUAGAAC